UACAAUAAUCUUUUUCCUUUUUUUCACAAAAAAAAAAAAAAAAAAAAAAAAAUCAAAGCCAAACAGGAAAUGAAAUUGCCCAACAUACAAUAAGUAACAGAAACCCCCCACGCUCCUGAUAUUUGGAACCACGUUGUUGAUGAACUUUUGUCAUCCAGUCUUCAAUGGCCAAAGUUGCAAAGCUUCACAUAGGCCCACAGGGUUUAGAUAACCUUAACUUCAACGGCCACUUCAGGACCCGCCCGAUACUCUUACUUGGUCCGGGCUACCGGCGGUACGGCCCAGGAGUACUCACCCGCCGUUAUGGGUUUUGCUUAAGGUCUUUUAGAAGCGAGAAUGGAGGGGAAUUGGAAGAGAAAGAGAUAGAAUCUGCGAGAAAGUGUGGGGAAUUGAAGAAGGAAAGUGGGUUUUGGAGUUGUUUGAAGUCUGCUGUUUUGGGAGGUGUUGGUUUGGCUUCCAGACGCGAUGAUGAUUAUAAAAAGGCUAUAGUGAAACUGGAGGAGGUGUUCAACUCGAUUGCCGUCCAAAUUGGAAGAUAUAUUGUGACCAUGAUGAGCACUGGAGUUGUACUGGCAAUUGGUUUUCAGAUGUCAGGUGGUGAUAGCCAGAUGCAUACCUUAAUUUGGUAUAGCUGGCUUGGAGGGAUUAUAAUUGGAACUAUGAUAGGUUCUAACAUGGUUUUAGAGGAACAUUGUCGAGCUGGUCCACGAAAUGUUGUCAUAACUGGAAGUACAAGGGGACUUGGAAAAGCUCUUGCUCGUGAAUUUCUUCUUUCAGGAGAUCGUGUGAUUGUAGCUUCCCGAAGCCCUGAGUCCGUAAAUGAAACUGUCAGAGAGCUUGAGGAAAACCUAAAGGAGGGAAAAAGCACUGCGGGUGGCUCAUCAAGUACAAAUUUGGCACAUGCAAAGGUGGUCGGAAUAGCAUGCGAUGUUUGCGAACCUGGUGAUGUGCAGAAAUUAGCAAAUUUUGCUGUCAAUGAACUCGGUUCUAUUGAUAUUUGGAUAAAUAAUGCUGGCACAAAUAAAGGAUUUAGACCCUUGCUACAGUUUGAUGAUGAAGACAUUAAACAGAUUGUCUCAACGAACUUGGUGGGCUCUCUACUCUGUACUCGAGAAGCCAUGCGUAUAAUGAGGAACCAAGCUAAAGGGGGGCACAUAUUUAAUAUGGAUGGGGCAGGCUCUGGGGGAUCCAGUACCCCUUUGACAGCUGUAUAUGGUUCAACAAAGUGUGGCCUUAGGCAGCUUCAGGCAUCACUUUUGAAGGAGUGCAAGCGGUCCAAAGUAGGAGUCCAUACAGCAUCUCCAGGCAUGGUUCUUACAGAUCUGCUUCUAAGUGGCUCCACUAUACAAAAUAAACAAAUGUUUAACAUCAUAUGUGAGCUUCCGGAAACAGUUGCUAGAACUUUAGUCCCACGGAUGCGGGUUGUAAAGGGGACAGGGAAGGCCAUCAACUACUUGACCCCACCUAGGAUCUUACUUGCAUUAGUUACUGCUUGGCUGCGAAGAGGCCGCUGGUUUGAUGACCAGGGUAAGGCAUUAUAUGCAGCAGAGGCAGACCGGAUUCGGAACUGGGCUGAAGACCGCACGCGUUUUUCAUUCACUGACGCAACUGAGAUGUACACGGAGAACACUUGGGUGUCUGUCUUCUCACUUUCAGUUGUUUGUGCCUUUAUAAUCCUUUCAAGCACAAAUAGCAACUUCCCGGGCACUUGAGUUUUUCACCUGCAAAUCUAAUAAGCCAUAAAGUAGUAGGAAUACAUUGUUCAAGUGCUCUUGGGCUUUUAGCAAAGAAGCAGCCUUUGGUGUCUUCAGGUGUAGCUUAGGAAUUCAUUUGUCCUUUUAGAUUAUGGGCCUAUAUACUUCACCUGCCCAUUUACAUUUAUGCGUACACAAAGACAAAGACAAUAUUCAAUUUGUUAUUUGAGCUCCUUAUAACAUGUAAAAAAAAAAAAAAAACUUCAUUAAAUUUGUAAUGAAAUAUAAUCUCAGUAAUCUUCUACCUGAAACAACACUUUUAACAAGUCAACAGCCAAAUUAUCUGUGUCC